AGAACGUUCUGGACUCUUGGAUGUGCUAAGACCUUCUCAAAGAUCAUGAAAUACUUGCUCCUGAAUCUUUUGGUAUUUUUUAUCCUGUUCCAGCUGUUUCCAGUCUGCAGGUGCAGCAAAGCUUGCUGGGUCUUAAGAGGACACUGCAGGAAACACUGCAGAUCUGGAGAGCGAGUGAGAAAGCCAUGCAGCAAUGGGGACUACUGCUGUACGGCAAGCAAGAUGAACCAUCUGCCCCAGGCACCCAAAAAUGCACUUAGCCGUACCGGAAGUGUGCCAGUAGCAGUCCUCAAGAGUGACAACAAAUAAGUUAGAAUUAAACUGAUCUGCAGAGCAGGCAGUGCCAGCUCAAGUGUCUCCCAAGUGUCCAUUAAAUCCGUGACUUCA